UUACCCAGGGGUGGGUAUAUACAAGGAGGUCAGGAGCGUGGGGUAGACCAUUGGGAGGCUUAAAUAUGGCUAAGGAGACCUACACACCAGUGAAGCCUAAAAAAAAAAAAUGAAACAACCAAUUAUUAGCACGAAAAAGCCAACCCCAAGAACCAAAAAGAAGAAGGAAAAGAAGAACUCUUGUCAACAAAAGACCAAAGAAAAUGGCAAGGUGGAGAAGAAAAUUACAAAGGUAAAAAAACCCCUCCAAAGAAAUUCAAGAAAAAAACCUCGAUCACCUCCUUCCUGCUCAAAAACGCCUAGGAAGACAAUGAGCCCAGCAGUAUUUGUGUGUCACCACAAGCAGAAUAAGACACAAAAUGAAAAUCAGAAGAGCAAGUGCAAAAAACCCCAGGAAGUAGAAAUCAGAAAAGCAAGCAUAGAAGAUACUGGCAACGUCAAGCCAUCCCAAGUAACCAUCUCUGCUGCCAGUAAAUGCAGAGCCUGGAUCAGAAACGUAGAACUAGCAACAGCAUCUCCACAGGUGGCUCUGGGGAAUCGCCAAUCACAUAAAGGCCAAAUCUGAGAGCAACAGUGUUCACCCAUGUUGAAUGCAAUAAAAUAAACACAAUGCAAAAAGAUGAUGUGGAUGUUUACCUGUAGUAGGGAGGGGGUUAAGGAAGAAAAAACGUGAGAUGGGAGGGAGGCGGAGUCCUCCAAGGUUGGGCGCCAGACCAACAGGUA